AUUUGUUUCAGCUAUAUUUCAUCUUCACACUUGGCUCCAUAGUUUUGCUACCUGUUCAGGUGCAGGUCGUCUCCUAAAGGCCUGCGGGUCAUCGUGUAUUUAUGGCGUGCAGUAAAAGAUGAUUAGCAGCUGCUGUGAUCGCAGACAAGCACUAUGAGUUGAUCUUCAGGAAGGUUAGAGGAGCAUAACUCCAGCCUGAACACACAGUAUCAUGGAAGUGAAAAGAGCGGCGAUCUCGGCUCUACUUGUGCUGGUGGCGUUUGGAUCGUGUCACGCCAAAGUUGAGGAGGAGAACCCCGAGUUCUGGAGGUCUCAGGCCCGACAGACUCUGCAGUCAGCGUUGGACCGUAAACUCAACACCAAUGUGGCCAAGAACAUCCUGUUUUUCCUCGGCGAUGGUAUGGGAAUCACGACCUACACAGCGGCUCGUAUCCUCAAGGGACAGCUUCAGAACCAGACAGGAGAGGAGACAGUGAUGACCAUGGACACCUUCCCUCACGUGGGACUAGCAAAGACCUACAGUGUGGACUUCCAGAUCGCAGACAGCGCAGCCACAGCCACAGCGUACCUGUGUGGAGUGAAAACCAACCUGAACGUCAUCGGUGUGAACGCUGCGGCUCGCAACGGCAUCUGCAAGACUCAGAAGGGCAACGAGGUCACGUCCAUCCUGAAGUGGGCCAAAGACGCUGGCAAGUCUGUCGGCAUUGUGACGACCACACGGGUGCAACACGCCACCCCCGCAACCAGCUACGCCCACAGCGCCAGCAGGAAGUGGUACAGUGACGCCGACGUGCCUGCAGGUGCCAAGAAGGAUGGCUGCACUGACAUCUCCUCCCAGCUCCUCAACAACACAGACAUAGAUGUGAUCAUUGGCGGGGGUAGAAAGUACAUGACCCCUCGGUACACCAAGGACCCAGAAUACCCUGCAGAUUUCUCCUCCAGGGGCAAAAGAAGAGAUGGACGCAACCUCAUUGAAGAGUGGAAGAACAUGAAGCGAGAAAAGGUCGCCCGCUACGUGUGGAAUAAAAACGAUUUCGAUGCUGUCGACCCUGAAACUACGGACUACCUCAUGGCUCUGUUUGAACCGGGUGAUCUGCGCUACGAGGCGGAGAGGGAUCCAAGAAUGGACCCAUCCAUCGUUGAGACUACAGAAAAGGCCAUCCGCAUCCUCCAGAAAAACCCUAAAGGCUUCUUCCUAUUAGUGGAGGGUGGCCGUAUUGACCAGGCUCAUCACGAUGGCAGAGCGUACAUGGCGCUCCACGAGACGGUUGCAUUGGACAACGCCAUCGCCAAAGGCCUCGAACUCACCAAGGAGCAGGAAACUCUCACCAUAGUGAUGGCUGACCACUCGCACCCUUUUACCCUCAAUGGAUUCCCAUUUAGAGGGCAGAGCAUUCUGGGUAAAUCUCCGUUGUGGGGAACAGACUUUUUGCCGUACACAACACUGAUGUACGGAAACGGACCAGGGCACAAAAUCCGAAACGGGACUCGUCCAGACAUCCGCAAUGUCAACACUAAAUCUAAAGACUACGUCCAGUUGUCUGCCGCCCCCACAGAGUCGACCACCCACAGCGGAGAAGAUGUAGCUGUGCUCGCCCGGGGACCCAUGGCCCACCUCUUCCAGGGCGUCAACGAGCAGAACUACAUCGCCCACGCCAUGGGCUACGCCGCCUGUGUGGGCGCCGACAUGAGGCACUGCCAAUCAACCGUCGGCCAUGACCUAAACGGAGCCGGGGCGGUGGCUCGUAGCUCAGCUGCUCUGCUUGGUGGCCUCCUCAGUGUGUUGCUAACACUUACCCUGCUGAUGUAAGAUCCCUUUUCCUACCCGACCGCCAACGAUCUCACUCAACUUGCCAAAUCAGGGAGGUCAGGGUCAUUAAGGGAAGAGGGCUGAGACACCUCAGCAGGGCGGAUGAAGCCGACCAGGGCUGUGCUGCCUCUAGCAAAACAUCUUAUUUACAAAAACACAACAUGAAUGCACCAUCAGCUCUACAGCGGAGAGGACAAACAGCCUUUAAGAGACAUAUGAACAUAAUAAGAACCAUCCAGUGUAAAUGUGUUUUCACUUUGGCAGGCGGACGAUUCCUGGUGUCAUACCAAUAAAGCUUUUAUCCAACAA